GCGCCACCUGCGUCUAUGCACGAUAUGUACCCGAUUCAGUCCACAGCCGGUAGUCGACAGCAUGCGGGUCAGCUGACUGCAGACUUACAGGAUGAAGUCGCUCGGUACACACGUCAAGUGUCCAGUGCACCUCUUCUGCAGCGUGACCAACAUGUGUCAUGGUUGAGACGACUCGAGGACAAGCUACGCGGGAUCUACUCGGCUAUCACGUGCAGCCGUAGGUCCGACGUCGUUCAGCACCACCUCCUUCCACCGCGACCCUCCACACAGCAGCAGCGACGGCCACAUCUCACACCGACCGUGACACCCAGACCACCGCCUCCUGGCCGGGCAGGAGGUUCGUCGUGGCAGCAGCACACUCCUUCCGUCGACGACUAUCAGUACCAGCAACACGGAUCACGGCCUCGUCUCACGCCGACGGCGACACCCAGACCACCACCUCCUGACCAGGCAGGAGGUUCGUCGUGGCAGCAGCAUCACACUCCUUCCUUCGACGACUUGCAGUACUAUCAGCAGCAAGCUGCUUUCGACCAGUGGCAGCAGCAGCAAGCCCCUUUCAUGGGAGGAGCAGGAUACACACAGGGAUACACGCAGCACACUGCGUCCAAUCCUUCAUGGGGAGCUAGUGAUCAGGAUCCUGAGCACAUGGAGUAUUACAGCACACAGCAGAACUAUGUCGGUAUGCAGACUCCUCCACCAGAGCCCACACAGGAGACACAGUACGACCCCGAGUCCGGUUCCUGGAUCCCUGCUCGCAUAACCAGGGCUCCGGACAGGUUCGGUUGGACACCCCGUGCUACGCCGCCCCCACGAAACCCUAGACGCCGUCCAUAAUCUCAGAUAUUUAUGUAUGCUAUGUAUCAGAUAUUUAUGUAUGCAUUAUGUAUCAGACUUUAUGUAUGAACUAUUUAUGUAUGAACUAUGUAUCAGUACUCUCCUAACCCUAAGCGUGUCGUGCGAAUGAAGAAAAUAAAUCCAUACAACUAAUCGGGUAGUAGCAAGCCAAUUGGU